AUGGUUUCGAGAGGGGAAAACGAGCUAAAAGAAGAGAAUGCCAGUUUGAGAAGCAAGAUCAAUAAGCUUCAGAUUUUCUCUGAAACUCAAGCAGACAAGAUGAGGAAGCUUGAAAGAAAGCUUGAGGAAAACAAAAUUAAAGAAGAAAAAGAAGCGCAGGAUUUGGAAGCAAUGGUGCAGCACGUGGAACAAAAUCUCCAGCUGAUGACUAAACGGGCUGUGAAAGCAGAAAACAGUGCUACAAAACUGAAACAGGCAAACGCGUUACUUCAGGUUCAGCUGCAGAACUGCAGGACGGAGAAUGAAGCCUUGAGGUCGGGCCAGUCGGCGAGUCUGGCCGCCGUGAAACAGAACGCAGACGUUGCCUUACAGAACCUUCUCACGGUCAUCACGAACUCCCGGUCCUCAAUAAAGCAGCUGGUCUCCGGGGCGGAAUCGCUGCAGCUGGUCGCUGAUCUCCUGAAAUCGAUAGACAGCAUUUCUGAAGUGUCACAAGAUGGACAGUGACACUGCGAAACGGACUCGAAUGGAGAACGGUGCUUUCACGCACAAACCGUUACUAAAAAGUCAGUUUCUGA